AUGCCCUUUAGUAAAACCAUGAUGCAAAAUAAAGCUGCAAUUUAUUGGGCAGAAUCAACAGCAUUUUACGCUCAUGGACUCAAUCACAGUAGGCGGAGGAAACGAUUUCGCAAAUACCUAUCUGUUGCCAUCAUCCUUCCCUUCUGCCUUGUCCUACCGGCUAUUACUAUUAACGAGUAUGCCAUCAAGCUGAUCGCGUCAGCACAUGUCAAUCGCUCGUCAGUCCCUCUGUCCACUACCUUUGACGAAACCAAAGUCGCUAGUUUUAACAUCACCCGUGUGGAAGUCCUCGGGGAGUCUUUGGCAUACAUCUACCCAGGCUUCUGCCCCGAUGGUGCGCGAUCUUGGUUCACUAACCUGGGAGGUCUGGUCAUGUGGUUCCUUGUGCCCGCAGGCACCAUGAUCACCUUCAACUCCCUCGCCCUCCUUGUGGUCUGCAUUCAAAUCUGCCGCCUCUCUAGAGAAGCGCAGGUGCACUCCACUCCUCAGAAUGAACAGGAGCGAAAGCGGCGCGAAAAAUCAAAGAACCUCACUAGAAUCUGCACCAAACUGGCCAUUAUCCUCGGUGCUAGUUGGUUCGCCCAACUUUUCGCUGGAUGGUGGACGCAGCUUCUCGUAAUGCGAAGAAUACUAGGUCUGGUUAACAGCGCUCAGGGAGGGGUGAUAGCACUAUCCAUGCUUGCCAGUGUCAAGGCUAGACGUGCUUUAGCCAAUAUACUACCUGAAUGCUGUCAAGGCUUUGUUGCUCCUGUUUCUAGCACACAAAAAUCCACGUCUAGAGACAAAGAGAAAUCAACCUCGGCCACUACCAGGACAUGGACGUCGGUGCUACUACCGAGAAGAAAUCGACCGCACACCCAAAGUAUUGCAGAUUCAAGUGGUUAG